CUUCAUGUAAAUUUGGUAUAGUACUUUCAAAGUACAUCCCCAUCAUUGAACACAAUCGUGAUAUCAAUUUUGACACGUAGAAAAGUAUGGCAGAAGAAAAGAAAGCAGAAAGUGGCGGUAGUUCCUCCGCUUUGAAAAAUUUCCUGGCUGGUGGAGUUGGUGGAGUAUGUCUUGUGGCAGCAGGCCAUCCCUUGGACACCAUCAAGGUCCGUCUUCAAACCCAGCCAAAAGUUGGACCUGGAGAAACUCCACUUUUCACUGGAACACUUGACUGUUUCAGGAAGACUAUUUCAAAGGAGGGAUUCCUUGGUCUGUAUAAAGGCAUGGCUACACCUAUAGUUGGAGUUACUCCUCUUUAUGCAUUUUGUUUUCUUGGAUUUUCUGUUGGAAAGAAACUUCAAGAAAAGUAUCCUAAUGAAGAGAUGAGUAAUCUGCAGAUAUUCAAUGCUGGUAUGGUAUCUGGUGUUUUUACAACUGGUAUAAUGACUCCAGGAGAAAGAAUAAAGUGUUUAUUACAGAUUCAACAGGCAUCACCUGAGAAAGCAAAGUACAGUGGUCCUUUAGAUUGUGCGAAGAAAAUAUUCAAAGAAAGUGGAAUAAGAGGACUUUAUAAAGGAACUUGUGCCACACUGUUAAGAGAUUUACCAGGCAGUGGAAUGUACUUUAUGACAUAUGAAGCAUUAUUAAAAUGGUUGACCCCAGAAGGAAAAACACGUAAUGACAUUAGUCCUUUAAGGAUUCUCACUGCCGGAGGUUUUGCCGGCAUGGCAAAUUGGACAGUCUCAAUCGCUCCAGAUACACUCAAGUCCAGACUUCAAACAGCACCAGAUGGGACCUAUCCAAAUGGCGUUCGCGACGUUUUUACACAAUUAAUGCGCGAAGAAGGACCAAAAGGUUUAUUUAAGGGAUUGACACCGAUUAUGUUAAGAGCAUUUCCUGCUAAUGCGGCAUGUUUCCUUGGUUAUGAAAUGGCAAUGAAACUGCUGAACUGGAUCGCACCAAAUUGGUAGCUGCAGUCAGUGAAUUAUUUACACCGUCAUUAAACGAUUGUAGGAAUUAUUGAAUUGUGAAAGUUGAGUAUUGUAUAAAUUUUUACUUUUUAUUUAAUGAAUUUCUUCUAUGUCAAUAAAUAUUGUUUCAUAUUCUAUAUACAAUAGCAAACUCCUAGGA